GGAGGAGAGAGGGGGCGAAGUGGGCUGGGCGAACGAAGGAGACGAGAGAGAGAGGGCGACAGAGAGCUCGAUGAGAGCUAUCUCUGCAUGAAGAGUGAAAUUAUUUUUGAGUUUGGGACUAUCUGGUUAGGCACACACCUCGCUCUCUCUCUCUGAAGAAGAACUCUCUCUAGAUGAGGAACUAACAACAAUAUAAUUAUGCGACUUCUACUCUUCUGGUGCGAGGCGGUAGUCCGUGACCCCAAUGAAGCUCUACCAGUGUCUGAGACCAGUGAUAAAGCAAUUGAAGCAUAUUAUUGAAUUACAUCUUUCUGAUCAUAACUGAUCCAACGGGAGCGACAAAAUGGCCAGUUUGAUCAUGAGCUCUCUCACCUCUCACUGGAGGCAGACUUUUGACUUCGUGAAGAAGUGUCACUGGAUGAAUGAGCGAGCACCCCCGAAUCGACCGUACACUCCGACAACAGUAGAGCACAUAGCCAAUGUCAUCACUCAUGGGUUGUGGAUUCCACCAAGUAUCUGGGGUGCCGUGUCUCUGGUGCAACGCUCUACAAACUGGCAGCAAUUUUGGUCUGGCAUCAUUUACAGUGGAUCUCUAAUCCUCCUCUUUACAAUUUCUACAAUAUUUCACUGCGUCUUUUUUUGCCAUGGUCAUGGUCCAGUCAAGGACGUUUUGCACAGAAGUGACAGAGCCAUGAUAUAUAUUUUCAUUGCUGCCUCCUAUUUCCCAUGGCUGACGUUAACUCCUUUACCUGCAGGCGGCUGGGCAGCAGAACUUUGGUGGCUCAUAUGGAUUCUAGCUUCAUUUGGAAUCCUUUAUCAGCAAGCAUUUCAUGAAAGAUACAAAUGGCUUGAAACCACGUUUUAUCUUUUCAUGGGUGUUGCGCCAGCGCUCGCAAUAGUUUCUACUGACAUUCCCGGGCUGUAUGAACUACAGCUUGGAGGAGUUUGUUACCUGGCUGGCGUGAUUUUCUUCAAAAUGGAUGGGCGCAUUCCUUUCGCCCAUGCCAUCUGGCACCUCUUCGUGGCUUUUGCUGCAAGUGUUCACUACUUUGCCAUCCUGGACAACUUAUACCCGUACAAAACUCAAACGAGCAAUAUCACAACAAAUAAGCAUGAUGACUUAUAAUAUAUAUUGUUUUGAGAAUUUCUUCAUUGAGAACGUUAUGAAAAAACUAAGUGGGCGAUUUACAUGAAAUGGGAAACCAAGCAGAGUUGUCUUUGACGAACAAGGAAAAGUGAACUGUUAGUCGCUCUGGGUAUCUUAUUAGAGUGACAUUUAGAAAGAAUUUUAUUUUUAUUUGUGAUUUACAGUCAAGUUUCCAAUUUCCUAAUACACUAGAGUAGGAUGAUACUCUUGUUUGGUUGUGCUGACAUAGAAAGAUAUGUUGCCAAAUUGAAAUUGUUGCCAAGUAUUGUGAUAAAUUUAAAAUUCUUCUAUUUUUGUUUGUAUUUGAUGAGUGUUCAGUGUUCUCUUAGAUAUCAAAGGGUCUGGGAAAGCAUGAAAUGUUUUGUUUUGCGUCAUAAAUUACCUCAUUAUAAUUUAUUUAUUAACCAUCACUUAAUUGGCCAACUGGAAUGGGUGCCAACCUAUAUUUUCUUGUUAGAAAAUAACCACCUUUUACACACCUAUAGUUUUGACUCUUCCGCCAACUGACCCUACUGAAACGUCAAAUCUUAAAAAAUUGGAAAAAAUACAGGAGAAAUUUACUAUUCCUUGUCGUACUGUUCAGUACACUUCAGUCGUAGCUUGUUUACCUACUUGAUCAAUUCUUGUCACAAAAAUCAGGUGUUAAUUUGUUAUUGUUUGCUGCGGGCGGCUUUAUUUAACUAUUUAUUUUCAAUUGUAUAAUUGAGCUCCUGCUAACACUGAGUUUUCACCUUCAGCAGAAUAGUAAAUGUGUAAAAUAUUUGUAACUUCCAGUUUGAGUUGCAUUAUAUUAAGUCAUAGGUAUUUUAUUUCUUAGAUGAGUUAUUUUGAAAAUAUUUGUGAUUUUGUGUGCUGGCAAUGUUGCAUUUUCAUUUUUUGUUUUUCUUAAAAAUUUCUGUUCCCCCUUCAUUUGAGUGAUUACUUAAAAUUUUCAAAACCCUUGCUCUUGCUGGUACAAUUGCAAGCGUAAUUGCAACUUGGACGCAGCCAUUGAAGUAUAAAAAAUGUUUUUUAUACUGUUCAACCUCUCUUACCCUGGAACAUAGCAGUUAAAUGCUGCAUGAUCCCAUCCCAAAUAAUUUUAAUUGCCGCACUGUGUGUUCAACAAUUAAAAUGUCACAAAAUUAUUACCAAUAGCUGAAGCUGAAUGAAUACAGGCCAAAAAUGACAACUUUGUGAAUCACUGUCAAUUUUCUGAAUUUUAGUAAGAACAGAUUUGUUUGGCAUUGAUCGUAUUUAUAUACUACAUUGUGAUGUCUGACGUGAGAGUGUAACGUAGAAAUUAAAUUAACUCCAAAUAUACGCAAUUUAUAUUCCAGAGAGUAGAAAUUUAUUAAACUUAAAAUUAUUGUUUUAAAUAACUUUUGUUAGUUCUGUUUGAAUUUGUCUUAUAUAUUUUAAAUUGUGCUGAUUUAGAGAAUGAGAUUUUUGAAAGAGAAGUCGAGGAUCAUUUGUUAAAACACUUAAUAAAACACUUGUUGACAUCUUUCAAAAUUUUUGUUUUAGUUAAAAAUCACAGAAUUUUCCCCCCACGCACAAUGAAUUCAUUUUUUUGUCCAGAGAAUUAUGAUAACUCACGUCAUAUAUUCGGUUAAUUAGUUUUUCUGGCGUGUGUGUUAAAAAUUGUAAUACUGUUUUUAGUUAAGUUGUAAUUAAAUAAAUAUACAUAAGUAUG